AUGCCAGCGACUGACUCUGAUACCAUAGUCGGUGCGUUGAAAGGGCUCCUUGGCCCUUCAAAUACAGCAUUGUUGCAUGAAGUCUCGGGGAAGUCGGAGCAUUUUCCUGCAGAAGCUGGCUGUUUGAUAUCUUCAUUGGUUGAAUCCAAUAAUAUAGAUCUUCGCCAAUCCGUUCUCAGUGUAAUUAACUAUGCCUCAUCUUCAGAGAACAACUUGGACCAGAGCCAAUUAUCGACGCUUGUGGCAGCCGUUAGUGAGAAAGCAUUGGCAUUGAGGAGCGUUGAAGAACACUCAGAACUCCUCACAGAAGCAGCUGUUGCCAGUCUCAGUAUAUUAAGCUCGAAAUAUCGGAUUGUUCUGGGCCAAUCUACUCUCAUAAAGCUCACAGCUGUUACUGAUCCUCAGGACCCAUGGACAACUGCACAAGCUGCAACAGCAGCCUCGAAACUUUUGUUCCAACACCUUGAAGGUGAGAGCCUGAACGAGUUUAUCACCAACACGAUCCUUCAGGAGCAUUUGAAACCAUUGUUUAUGAAGUCGUCCUCGCGAAUCACGGCUUCAGGACGGCCCUCUCAGUAUAACAUGAUUGACGAUCGGUCCCGAGCCGUGAUCGAAGUGCAAUCAUGUACUCAGGCGCCGUGGACAGAGGCUAUAAUACAGUGGACAGUAAACAUGUCUACGACGUCUCUCAUUAAGCAGCACUGGCCGCUUUUCUUACCAGUCUUGUUGGCGCUGGUGGAGAACGAGUCUACCAAGACCAAAGUCAGAGGUUUAAAGACCACGAGGGAAUUCAUAAACAAAUGUCCAGCUCGAGUAUUGCAAACCACAGGCAUAGGCCGUGUAUUUGCGGACGUCACAUUUCCGCUCCUGCUCUAUCUCCCCAGCGUCACACCAGAAAAGGAGUCUAUGACCAUACUCAUACCGGCUUACGAUGUGCUUAUCAAGCUGGCCCAGUCCACCGGGGAUACCAACAGUAUUGAGCGUCGCCGACUAUUUGACAAGAUCCUCAGAGAUGGAGUAUUCGCAGGUUAUUUCCAUGCUUCUCAGCACACUCGCAUUGUCCAAAUUCUGUUGCAGAAGGUAACAGCAGUGAUCAAUAGUCUGGAUAUCCAUACAAUCAAACAUUUAACUCCUCUUCUCUCAAUGGUGUCAUUAGUCAUGACAGACCCCUUUGCAGUCUCAUAUCCUCUGACCCUGAUAGCGGCCACGCAAACCAUGAGCGCCAUCAUUACUAAUUCAUGGCCUCGUAUCCGAGAAACUGAGCAUAUGGAGAACGUCGCCCGAAUUCUGUCGUUAUGUUGGCUAAACGUUUCUGAGGAGAUUGAGCAUGGGGCAUCUCGGACUUUAGCUGAUAUCAACACAUUGUCACGAGAGUUGGCACAUACAGCUGGAAUUCUUCAGGCACUCUGGGACCAUGAUGCCUCUCAAUGUCCCGCGAAGCUGAGUGAAGCCUUGAAGCAAGAACCGCGGCUAUCUAACCUUUUCCCGGAAAUGCUGGCGUGA